AUGUUUGAAAACAACAGAAAAAAACAUUUACCAUCAACAAGGUAUCACAGUAAUCAACGUUUAUUUGCAUUUGCUUCAUCAUUAUCUUAUUCUCAUAAUCAUGGUUUAUCGUCCUUAUGUAAAAAAUUUAGUCCGGAUCAAUCAUCAAAAUCUGAAAAAAUCUACCGCCAACAAAAAGGAAAUAAACAAAACAUCCAUAAUACUCGAUCAUCAUGUCCCAAGCAAUUUCUUAGCCAUUUCCGUUGUAGCUGCUAUCAUUUAUGUUCGUUCACAUGUGAAUUUUCCAUUCCAUAUAAUACUAUUCAAAAUCUCCAUGUUUCAUCAAUAUUUACUCGACAAAAUUGUUCGAGUACAUCAUCCAUCAAUUCAUCGGAUCAUUUAAACAAUUAUAUAGUUGAACGACAUUUGAGCUAUAUUAAAUCUAAGCAAAUAUUUUUGCCUAGAUUAACUUUAUUUAUCUUACUAUUACUAUUUCUAUUUCCUUUAACACUUGCAACUAAAUCACCGUCAACAACAAAAUUUGAUCGUUUACUAUUUACGAAUUAUACCGGCGUAUUAUCUUUGAAUUUCUCGUUGCAUAAAUCACAAUGGCACGCUGGAUGUUGUAGAUUAUCUAAUGAAGCAAUGUGCGACUCGAGAUCAUAUUCUCCGUUAUCAGGUCAUAGUGUCUAUGCAUCGAAUGAUACAUCCAGUGGAACAUUUUUAUUCGAUGGUGGUAGUCACUUUAUCGAUCGCCGUCAAUUUUUGCAUUCAAACGAGUUCUUAAACGCUCCUGAUUUUCUCCACAAUCAGACAGUAUUCUGUUUACGUUACGAUGUAUUUCGCCAUUUAUCAUUAAAACCAUUAGCAAUAUUUACUUACUGUAUUGUUGUCAUCGGUAUUAUAUUCAAUGCAUGCGUAUUUCUUGUUCUAAUGUGUGGUUCGAUGAGACGAUCAACCUCAUUUACACUAUUCUUAGCUUUAACGUGUUUCGAUUUAUUAAGUUUAGCGUCGAGUCUAUUCGCUCUACUAUUUCGAACUGUUAUGACUUAUCUUAAAACUUCAGCUUUAUUCUGUAAAAUGUUUGGAAUAUUUUUCCUAUAUUUUCGACAGUGCUCAUCGACUACAUUACUAUUAAUUGCCAUUGAACGUUGUAUUGUUAUUAAAUAUCCAUUUUGUCGAUAUAUAUUUGAUAAAUUUCGUUUACCGUUUCUAGCAUUCGUUAUGCUUAUGUUUGUUGUACCAAUCCCAUUUGACUUUGUAUUCUAUACAAGUGGUGCACUACAUUGUGAAGCAUUUGAUACGUUGCAUGCACAUCGUUAUCAAAUAUUUCGUGGAUUUUUUACUGUAUUCACUUACGCGAUGAUACCAUUUGUUGGUAUAGCCAUAAGCAAUUUGUUGAUCAUAAUUGAAUUGAAAAAAGCAAAAAAACGCUUUAUAAUUAAAGAGAAUGAUGGAACAAUGAGAAGUUUAGCCACAAAUUCCGCUGAAAAACGUGGUACAACUGUUAUGUUAUUUGUUGCAUCAUUUGCAUUUCUUCUAUUACUUGGUCCAUUUUAUGUUCACUGGUGUAUAACAUAUCUGUUUUACAAUUAUCCACAAUGUCGUUUCACGCGAAAUUUAUAUGAAAAUGUACAAGUUUGUAUGGGUGUAUUUCAUCCAUAUUUAACUGUUAUAGAAAAAGGUAUGCGUGAAUUAAAUCAUGCAACUAACUUUCUGUUGUACAUGGCAACAUCAUCACGUUUUCGAUCUGAUUUUAAAACUAUAUGUUUUCGACUUUUCUAUCGCAUAUUCGGGCCCGUAAUUUUAUUUUUUUUGAAACACGUGUGUUCUUGUUGUACAGAACCAACAUUUCUCGUUGCACUUCAGCAAAAUGUGUCAGAUACGAUGGAUCUAGAGACAUCACUUGAUACGCGUCGAAAAAAUCAAGCAGCCUAUAAAACAUCACAUUAUUUUACAAAUAUUGAACGAAGACGACGACAAAAUCAGUUACUUCAAACAGCAUUUACCGAUGAUACUAAUACGACGAUGCUAGGCCCAAAACUAUCCCCUACAGUGUCGUUGAAUGCAUCGCCUAGAGGUACAUCGAAAACUGUACGAACAUUAACAUGGAAUCCAUAUGAUCGAAUUGUGCGUACCAAUAAAAAUGAAAGGCAAGCUGCGCGUAUAUCCGAACAUUUCGCAACAUCAAGUGUUAUUUAA